UUGCAACCCUGCAACAUGUCUAAAUGUAAACAAAAAUGCUGCCGGUUGACUGCGAGCAACAAACUCUCCUACGCGUUAUCAAAAAAUUAGUUUGUUAUCUGUAAUUACCUAGCUGACGAAUAAAUUAAAUUCAAAGGAAAUAAGUGGUAGCAGUCAAAUGUAGAUGUGUCGCGUAUAUUUGAAACGGCUUUUCUUUACUUCGAGUUGGCAAUUGUUUUAAUUGUUAAUAACUGAUUACCACGCCCUAACAAGUUGCUUAUAUUUAGUGGAUAAACUUAUCUUAAACACUAUGCCAACAUUAAUGCUUGGAAGAUCAGUGGUAGCACUUUUCCAAGUGCAACUUUUGCUUUUACAAAGUUUACAUAUAUCAGCAGUCACUAUUAAUCAUUGGAUACUACAAGAGGAUGGUCGUAUUACACAAAAAGUUGACUCACCAUUUCUAUUGCGCGAACCACAUAAUCUUGUAGCCUUUCUCGAUCAAAUACAACACAAUGAUUAUGUGGAGCAAUCCUAUCUGAAAUUAAGACGACAACGCGAAUUAAUUGCAGAGCACUUGCGUUAUUCAAAACAAUUCAGUGAGGAUUUGGUUUUGCAGGCAGAACGUCUGCAGCCACAUUUGGGCGCACAAACACAACCAAUGCAAAAUUUGAUCAAUUCGUUGGAAGCGCUCACCAAGCAAACGGCAAAAAUGUAUAGAAUUUAUAUACGUAGCUACUUGGAGUUCGUAAAGGACGAAUUGAAAGAGUUUAGGAAGUUGAAAACAAAAAUUACACAACAUCAUGAAAAACUGAUACAACAGCAGGUGCCGCUUGCAGUGCGACAUCUAGAUGAGAAAGCAACGAAUGAUAAUUAUUUAAAACGUGGACAAUAUUGUAGUACUCGUACUUUGUCGAUAUCGGAGGAGCCAAUCUUAUUUUGUGAUUUUUACUCCGACAUGCAAAUGCGUUUAGAUGGUAAGGAUGUGGAUCCUGAAACAUUGGAGCGAGAUUGGCAGCUGACAAGCGAAUCUGUGCUGAAUCAAGUGACUAAUUUGAAUGUACAACAGCGCAUGAAUUUAGAACAGAUAAAAGCUAUGCGUGCAAAGAAAGCGGCGGCCAUGGCAAGUGCCAAAAGUAAGAAAGUGACGACGCAGGUUUCGUCAGCAACUGGCGAAAUACCCGAUGCUAAAAGUAAUGACACAUGAGUAAAACGUUCGUAAACGCAAUACUUGUAGCUUUAAAGACAACGCAUUAAUGUUUAUAACAAAUUAUGUUUAAUUUCCUGCAAUUGACAUUUUUACACGUUACUUAUCGCAUAACAUUUUUUUUUAUCUAAAUGGUAUUAAUAAAUUUUUAUUACUUUUUUUUUUUUAAAUAUCGCA